CAGUGAAUAACAAUUGCUUGCUUUCACAGCAACUUCUGCCCCUCUCCCUCGCUUCUCAACAAUUUAACGCUUACCCAUAUCCCCUGAAACGAGGCGAAGGACGAGUGUUGUGCUCCAAUUGAUAGCCCACCAUAGUCGAGCUCUUGAUUCUUCAAUUGGUUCUCGAACUUGUCACAGGGAUAUUCAGUCGGGACUCCAGCUCUUGAAGAAUUGCUGGAACUAUCAGCAACCAUCAGGUGUUGUAAUCCAUGUAUACUCAGGUCCGCUAGGUAUAAGUGUAGUAAAGUUCCACUUUCUGGCUGAGAAUGCAUCCUCCUUUGACAUUACACAGGCACCCAAUGUGUGCGGAAAUUAUUGAACAGUUCCAAAGGUGUCAUGUUGACCAUCCUGUUUUAAAAUUCUUUGGAGAAUGUACAGAACUGAAAGUUAAGCUCGAUCGUUGUUUCAGAGAAGAAAAAGCUCUGAAGCGUAAGGAGAACUUUGAACAGAGUCAGAAGCUGAAGGAGAGGCUGCAAGCACACAGGAGGGAAAUUGCUGAGAAAAACCUCCAUGAAUAAGUAAUAUUUUUACGAUGUGGUGAUGAGAGACUAGUUCAAAACUGUGAAUAUUUCUUUUUUUUUAUACAAGUGUUCAAACCAUCAAAAGUCACAUUGAUUAUUAAGGUUGAAGGAAAUCCCUUCAAGGGAACAAGGAAAGUUAUUUAACAAGUUUCAAGUUUUGCCCA